GGCCAGAUAGUAUCUUUAAUCGUUCUCGGUGCGGUCUUAUUGUUGUAAUUUCUAAAUUAAAGUAGCAGUGCGUUCCGCUUUUCUGCGCUCUUCUCUUGCCGCAAAGAGGUAUCUCAACGUUUCGUGUUUAUUUGUUCCGUUCGCUGCCUGUUGUUGUUUUUUUUUGUUGCCUCCAAAUGCGUUUCUUGUGUCAGUGUUGUUGUGUGUGAAAAGAAGCGCAAAAGCAAAUGCGAGUCAAUGUUAAAUUCAAAUUGGCAGAGGACAGCAGCUGAAAGCGACGAUCAACGGAGGCUCAGUAAAUCAACAGGUGCUCACAUAAUUUUGGGUGCAGUGACUUAGAGGAGGUGCAUCAGUGCAGCAUCAGCAGUUGUUGUUGUGGAGGCGUGCGUCAAAUUUUGGAGGCGCCGGCCGGCAUAGAGAACUUUUCCGAGACGCGAGCGCCCAGCGGAGCAGUCGCCACCACGACGUCGACGUCGCCGCCGCCGCUGCCGCGAGCUGCGCUGCUGUCAACCCACUUGGACGCCAGCGCCGACAACAAUCGCGGGCGUGUCUACAAGCUCCGGAAGAAGAAAUACCUGGACGCAGCGCACAUAACAUAGGUUGUCGUCGAGGUGGAGCUAUCGUGGAUUUAAUUGGUGCUAUAGCAAACGGAAUCGGAAUCGGAAACAGAAUUGGAGUUGGAGUUGGAUUUGGAGACGGAGACGGUGCUAGGAGUUCAGGAAACGGAAACAGGAUUUCCAAACACCAGUCCCAGGAGGAUUCAGUCAGCCCAAACAGAUCAACAACAGACACUACAGAGAGAUAGAAAGCAAUGCCAGUACAAUCCCCCAUCGAGAUCAGCAAUCGUGCAAUCGAGCACAUUGACGAUGUGGAUCCCCUGGAAUAUCAUGGUCACUGGGAGCCGGUGGGUGUGGCAAGGGUCCAAAAUACCGGCACCUCGGCAAUGGUAACUUUCAGCAAACGAAAGCAACAACCAUAUAUUAUCGGUGGUGCCUUGGACACGGACAUGUAUGUGUUCGAGCAGUUGCACUUUCACUGGUCCGACAGCGACGAAUCCGGCUGCGAGCAUACGCUGGAGGGUAUGAAGUACUCAAUGGAGGCGCAUGCCGUUCACUACAAUGCCAAGUACAAGGAUUUUGCCGAGGCCAAGAAUAAACCCGAUGGCCUGGCCGUGGUGGCCUUCUUCAUUCAGGCGUGCGGAGAAAAGGAUUGUCCGGAGUUUAAGAAGAUCACGGAGGGUAUACGCAAUGUGCAGAAGAUCCAAACAAGUGCAUCGCUGGAUUCCGAUUGCCUGUCAUGGAUUGGUCUACAGGAGUUGAGCAAGCAUUAUUAUACCUACAAGGGUUCGCUUACAACGGCGCCGUACUUUGAGAGUGUCACCUGGAUUAUAUACCGCACACCCAUCUAUGUGUCGCGGGGCCAGGUGAGCGUUUUUCGCAAUUUGCAAUCGUGUCCCAAAGAUGAGUCCAAAAAGAUAGUCAACAAUUAUCGUGAGAUUCAGCGUCCGCACAAGGAUCCGGAAAUCUUUUUCGCUCGCAAUACAAAUCCAAAGUCCAAAUUAUGAUGUGCUUGUUGGCGCCGAACUCUACCCUCUCUCCAACGCUCCUUUCCAUCCGUUUUGCCUGUGAAAUCGUGGAUUCCUAUCCAAAAUCUAUAUCUUUAUAUAUAUAUCUGUCUAUGGUUUUAUUCUAA